AUGAUAAAGAUUGCUUCGUGGAAUAUUAGGGGUCUUAAUUCCCUAAUAAAGCAAAAGGAGGUACGUGAUCUUAUAUAUUUAAAGCAUAUGUCUUUAUGUUGUAUCGUUGAGUCCAAAGUCAUACAUAGUCAUUUGGGGGAUGUCUGUGGUAAAGUGUUUGGAAAUUGGAGUUGGAUCUCGAAUGGGAGCUUGUGUGAUCAAGGUACUCGUAUUAUUAUUGCUUGGGAUCCAACAGUGUUGUCAGUUCUUAUGAUUGAGCAGCACCAACAAUAUGUCCACUGUGAGAUUAGGAUUUUUGGGCAACUUGAUCCUAUUUUUAUUACCUUAGUCUAUACGGGUGUGGAUAGGCGUGAGCUUUGGCGGGCGUUUGGUGAAUUCCAUGUGUUUAAUCAAAGGAAAGCUUGGGUCGCAAUGGGUGAUUUUAAUUCAAUGCUUUUUCCCCAUGAUGGAUUAGGGGGUUCCUCUAGGAGAAAUUCUGACAUGGAAGAGUUUUAUCUCUGUCUGGAAGAGGCGGAAUUGUUUGACAUUUCGUAUCAAGGAUGCCAAUUUACUUGGAUACAGAAACCUUCGGGGGGUGAUGGUAUUAUGCGCAAACUGGAUCGAAUCUUGGGAGAUUCUGCUUUUAUUACUAGAUUUGGGGAUGCUUCAGUCUUUUUUGAUCCGAGGGGAAUUUCUGAUCACUCUCCGGGUAUUCUUACUUUUAAAGUUGGUAGACGUCUUCGCCAGCGGGGUUUUAAGUUUGAUAAUUUUGUGACAUCUCAUAUUGAUUUCCUUGCUUCUGUGGAGGUGGUUUGGAAGAAACCGCAGAGAGGAUCUUAUAUGAAGAGGGUCCUUCGGAAAUUGCAAGCUCUGAAGGUGGUUUGUCGGCGUCUCCGGAAUUCGUAUGGUUGUUUGGAUAAACGGGUAGGUCAGUUAAAGACGGAGCUUGAUGUCGCCCAAUUAGCUUGUGAUCUAGACCCUUUUAAUGAUAUGCUAAAGGAGGACAUUGCUCACCUCUUGUUAGCAUAUCAAAAAGCUAGAAGUGAUCAAGUGGAAAUGGCUCGUCAAAAAGCGAAGAUCUCUUGGCUAAAUGUAAAUUCUUUUUUCAUGCUAUGA